GUUUAUUACCAAACGAUUACGAAGGUAGGCACUAGUGGAGAGGCGAUUACAAAACUAUGAAACACCGCCCGACUCCAAUAGUCGGUGUGUUGUCAACACGAAAGCGAACUUUCCCCGAGUAACGCGGGAAAUGCUGCCGUGUUGUUUGUCCGGUGUUUCACAGAGAGAAGCCUCCUAAUCCACACAGUAACGGUUUGUCACUAUCCGGGACAACAGAUGAUCCUUAUCACAGUUUUAAUUGUUUCACCCCGACGUGAGAAAGUUUAUCCUCAACAGAACCGCUGUCCCCGGGCUGUGGUGUGUCCGGACCGCCUGAACUAGCUUGGACGUGUCGUUAACUGUAUGUCGGUCCCCACUCGUUGCCGUAGCCACCGAGACGUUGUUAGCCUCAGCACAAAGAGGGGAGUCUUGCUAACUAGCUAAACAAACAACAAGCCUCGUGUUUUUAAAAUGGAUGCGUUUCAGAAGGUGGAAAAGAUAGGAGAAGGCACGUACGGGGUGGUGUACAAAGCCAAGAACAAAGUGACCGGAGAAACUGUUGCUCUGAAGAAAAUCAGGCUAGACACGGAAACCGAGGGUGUACCAAGCACGGCCAUCCGAGAGAUUUCACUUCUCAAAGAACUCAGUCACCCAAAUAUUGUCAAACUGCGAGACGUCAUCCACACCGAGAACAAGCUCUACCUUGUUUUUGAGUUCCUUCAUCAGGAUCUAAAGAAGUUCAUGGACUCCUCCUCGCUCACUGGUAUCCCCCUGCCUCUGGUUAAGAGUUAUCUUUUCCAGUUGCUCCAAGGCCUGGCCUUCUGCCACUCUCACCGGGUCCUUCAUCGAGACCUGAAGCCACAGAACCUCCUCAUCAAUGCCCAGGGUGAGAUCAAGCUCGCUGACUUUGGGCUGGCAAGAGCCUUCGGGGUUCCUGUCCGUACAUACACACACGAGGUGGUAACACUUUGGUACAGGGCGCCAGAAAUUCUCCUGGGCUGCAAAUACUACUCCACAGCUGUCGACAUCUGGAGCCUUGGAUGCAUCUUUGCUGAAAUGAUCACCAGGAGGGCCUUAUUUCCCGGCGACUCAGAGAUUGAUCAGUUAUUCAGAAUCUUCCGCACCUUGGGCACCCCUGAUGAGACCGUCUGGCCGGGAGUCACAUCAAUGCCCGACUACAAACCAUCUUUCCCCAAGUGGGCCAAACAGGAUUUAUCCAAAGUGGUGCCUCUUCUUGAAGAGGAUGGGAGAGAACUGCUCGGAGAAAUGCUGGCGUAUGAUCCAAACAAAAGAUUAUCUGCCAAAAACGCACUUGUACAUCGAUUCUUCCGUGACGUCACCAUGCCACUUCCUCACCUGAGACUCUAAGUCAGACAAACUGUCAGGCUGUUUUAAUGCCAGCAGCUUCUCAGCAAUAAGCAGCACCUCAGCCUCCAUUCAGAUCCAUGACCAAAGUGGACAAAAACUAGCGGACACUACAGAUGACAUUGGA